ACUCCCUCCACUUAUAACCCAAACCAUCCAUCACUAUCCAACUACUUCAAUUCUUCAUCCCUUCACUCCUUAUCGCCAACAUAGUACUAUUACUAUCCCACGAUGUACCUCCAUCUCAACCCGCACCCCUUUUCCAUCCUCCCCUCUCAUCCCGCCCUUCUUGACGAAACAAACACCACUUCCUCAUCACCAUCCACCCCAUCUCGUCCUCAACUCCGCUCCUUCCUCCACGCCUGCCUCACCGAAUCCCAAGUCCUCCUCUCCUCUAUCCACACCACAUUCCGCCGCGACCGCAAACCCCGCCGCACAUCGCCCUCCACCGCCGCCGUCCACCUCUACACGCGCACCGACAAUGAAACCGGAGACUACUGGGUAUGUCGACAAAGCACGCACCAAGACGCAGCAGUGACGGGGUCCGCCUCAUGGGACGAAUUCCGCUCCGGACUACGAGAAAACCACUCCGAAAAUGAAAUGGAUUAUACGCCGAGUGUGACGUCCGUGGUGAAGUUGCUGGAGUGGCCGUCUGAGGUUGAUGUAGAAGGUGGUUGGAAGAAGGUGGAUGCUCAUGUGAACCUAAUCACGCAUACCUUCCAACCCACAGUUCUAAUUGCGCCUCGCUCGUUCCCAGUCUUAGUGAUCUCGGCAGACCGAGCAGCAGCAGCUGGGGAGCAGCAAGGCUUUGUGACAGUUCAGAUCCCACUUGCUGUUGAGUCGAGUCCCGACGCUAUCCGGGAGAAGAUCAUGGCGGCAGUGCCCCGGAAUACGAUCUUCGCGUCCUAUGCAAGUGUGGAGGAGGUCGUUGCGACGGCGGACGGGCUGCAAUGGACCAUGGCGACUACUUCCGAUGCUGGCGGGGCGAUUCCUCAGUGGAUCCAGCGGAGCUGGACCAUGGGCGGAGUCCCUAAGGCUGUUGUCGCUGAUGUGGGCUUGUUUCUGGCCUGGACGGCCCGCCGGAGAUCUUAGGCGACUCUUAAGACAGUGUGGAGGUAAUUACUGGGUACAAUGGUG